AUGGUUAAUAUUGCAACAUUGCAGCCAUUUGAAAAGAGACAAAAAACGAUGACUGAUUUUGUAUACCAAGAGGAGGAUUUUGAUGAUAAAGUUAGAACACAAGUUGAGUUCUACUUCUCUGAUUCCAAUUUGCAAACUGAUAAGUUUUUAUGGAAUGUUUACCAAGCUAAUGAUGGAUGGGUUGAUUUAAAGACAAUUUUGACGUUCACUAGAAUGAAGCAAUAUCGUCCUGAAACCAAAGUAAUUGAAGCUUUAAAGAAUUCUGAUAAGUUGGUUUUAUCUGCCAAUGAAGAAAUGAUCAAAAGAAAGGACCCAUUACCCGAUUUGGAUGAAUUAAAGAGUCGUAGAAAGAAGAACACCGUUCAUAUUGAAGGAUUCCCUAAAGAUUUAACCCAAGAACAAAUUGAAGAGUUCUUUGACACCAAAAUUGUUAGUCAAUUACCACAAGAGAAAACCGUUUGUUCUAUACGUAGAAUGAAGAACCGUGUGAGCCGUGAAUUUUUUGGUGUUGCUGAUGUUGAAUUCAAGACUUUGGAAGAUGCUGAAUUCUUCUUAAACAAAUUGGAUGUUGCCUACCCUGCUGGUAUCGUCGAUACCAGUGAAGAAUCCUUUGAUAAGAAGUCCUUGUUAAAGAAGAUGUCUCUUUUGACUUUCCAAGAAAUGAGAGAAAGCAGAAAGCGUUUCGGAGUUAACGAAGUUACUAAAAGGAGAAACUCUUUCAACAGUAACAACAACAGAGGAGGAAAAAAGUUCAAGAAGGGUGGUAAGCCUAGAAGUGAUUCCAUUAAGGAGGAUAAGGAAACAAAAGAACAAGAACUGACAGAAGAAUCAAAGCCUGAAACUACUGAAACUAAUGCUGAAACUGUACCAAAAACCACGGAAGCUAAGGAACCUGAGUCAAUCACUACUGAAGCCUCUGCUUGA